UGGACAACAGCUAGUUAGUUUGAGCUGGGUUUAUUGUUAAGGUUGUGUGGAUUAGCACUGCGGAACCAGAAUGCACUAAAAUAUGAACAAUGUAGUCGGCCAAUUACCUAAUGUAUAAAGAAUAUCAAACUGCUAUUUGGAACUACAGCUGGUUUCUGCAGACAUUUAAUGCCAAACAGAAGGAGGGAAAGAAGAAGCAAUGCUCCUGCUGAAGGAAUAACCCUAAGCCUCAUUACUGGUUCCAGCGUGUCGUGCUCCACAUGGGCAUCUGAGGGGGGAUGGCUAAUUCUGUGACCACCUUGGUGGACCAAACAGAGCUCUUACCUGGCCAGUCCAAUACCUCUCUCUCUCACUUCCCCUCCCUGCUGGGCUCGGGGGAGGACGGUGAGGAAGAGGGUGAUCCAGGGGUACUGGUGGAGGGAGAGAAGGAGGUGGUGGAGGGCGGCGCGGAGGUGGUCCUGGAGAUGGUGACGUCGUCAUCGGUGUCGGGGUCGACCCAGCACCAGGAGCAGGACCAUCCCUUCCAGUGUCUGGUCUGUGGCAAGAGCUUCCGCUGGUCAUCACGGCUGACGCACCACCAGCGUAGCCACAACAACGAGAGGCCGUACCGCUGCAACCUCUGCCCCAAGGCCUUCAAGGGCUCCUCGGCGCUGCUCUACCACCAGAGGUCUCAUUCGGGUGAGAAGCCGUACCCAUGUGGGGAAUGCGGCAAAGCCUUCAAGCGCUCCUCUCUGCUGCAGGUCCACCAGAGCGUGCACACCGGCCUGCGCACCUUCCUGUGCCCGUACUGCCCGCUGACGUUCAAGUGGAGCUCACACUACCAGUACCACCUGCGGCAGCACACGGGCGAGUGCCCGUACCCAUGCGACAGCUGCCCGAAGGCCUUCAAGAACUCCAGCAGCCUGCGGCGGCACAAGAAUGUGCACCUUGGCCUCAAGCCGUACACGUGCAGCGUCUGCAACAAGGCGUUCACGCAGUCGACCAACCUGCGACAGCACAUGCGCAUACACACUGGGGAGCGGCCCUACGCGUGCAGCGACUGCGGCCGCCGGUUCACCCACUCAUCCAACCUGGCGCUGCACAAGAACUCCCACGCCGCCGGCGGUGCCGGGGCGGCAAAGGAGGGCAAGAUGGGUGCGCCGGUCAGAGAACCCGCCGCACAGAUGGUGGAGAUGGUGGUGGAGCCGGGGGAGGUGACGUCGUCCAUGCUGACGGACAUGGUGGGCUUCGUCAGUCCCGAGGGGACGGUCGGCGUAGGGAUGGAGGAGGUGUUCAUGUCGGCCGCCUCCUCCGGCGGCCAGAACCUCCCCCAGCUGACCCUCUCCUCCUCGGGGCAGGAGGUGUGCGCGCCCCGGGCCAUCGGGACGGAGGUGCACCUGAGUACGGACACGGGGGCCAGCGUGCUGCUGUACAGCUGCGGGACCUGCAGCCAGACGUUCGGCACGCGCACAGAGCUGGAGGAGCACCAGGCGCACCACAUGGGUCCCAACGGACACCGGGGAGGGGGGGAGGCCGGCCAUGGGGGGGACUCGGCCAUGGUGGGUGUGGGGCUGGUGGGAGCGGGUCACCUGCUGGCGGACUUUGAGGAGGUGGUGGAGACCACUACGGUGGGGGAGAAUGGACACACUGCCGAAGAACUCCUAGGGCUGACCGAGGGGGGCGAUGGGGAUAACACGAACGUGGGAACCACCCAGGCUCAGUACGACCUGCUGCACAGCUUCACCGAGGUGUCACCGGCCUCAGAGACGGUCCAAACAGACUCCAGGAACCCCGUGGCCGGCCUGCAGUGCAACUACUGCAGCAAGGCUUUCAAGACCAGCGGAGGCCUCAACAGACAUGUCUCGCUGAUGCACUCUCUUUCGUCCCAGUCCCGCUCCCAGUUCAGCUGCUCGGCCUGCGACCGCUCCUUCCCCCUCCUGUCCUCGCUGCUCACCCACCAGCACUCCCACACCCCUGAGCAGAGGCUGCUGGCCGAGGCGGAGGCUGAGAUCGUGUGCCCGCCUUCGCUGUCCCUGUCUCUGCCCAUGCCCUCAUCCCCCGGCCAGGGGGACAAGCAGCAGGAAGAGGGCCAGAGGGAGAUCCACGUCAACAUCCUCACUGUCGGCGAGGAGCCUGAGGAGCAGGCGCCCAAGUCAGCCAAGGCGGCCAAGAGGACGGCGGCCGGCAAGCCACCGCCGGCUGGAGAGAGACCUUACCGCUGCAGUGAGUGUGGUAAAGCCUUUAAGGGCUCGUCGGGCCUGAAGUACCACAUGAGGGACCACACUGGGGAAAGACCCUAUCGCUGUACCGAGUGUGGGAAGACCUUCAAGAGGUCCUCGCUCCUCUCCAUCCACCAGAGGGUGCAUACAGGUGUACGGGCCUUCCAGUGCCCACAUUGCCCGCUGACGUUCAAGUGGAGCUCCCAUUACCAGUACCACCUGCGGCAGCACACGGGCGAGCGGCCGUACGUGUGUAAGGAGUGUGGAAAGUCCUUCAAAAACACCAGCUGCCUUCGCAGGCACAGCCAGAUGCACUCUGGGCUGCGGCCUCACACCUGCUCAGUCUGUUCCAAGUCUUUCUCCCAGACGUCAAACCUCAAACAGCAUGAGCGCACCCAUUCUGGCGAGCGGCCCUUCCAGUGCACCCACUGCAACAAAACCUUCACACACUCCUCCAACCUCCAGCUACACCUCCGCACACACUCCUCGCGCAAAGACUUCAAGUGCCCCUACUGCUUCAAGGAGUUUGUCAUGCACUCCUACCUACAGCGGCACAUCCGCACACACGGCACUGGGGCCUCCCUGCUGGGCCCCGGCGGGGCCCCUAAAGACGGGGUGGCGGUGAAGGCUAGCGUCGGGGGAGUGACCACCACCACCACCCUGCUCAACCCCAUCACCCUGGAAUCCUCAGGAAACAAUGGCAGCCUGAUCGUGUCCCAACCGGCGCUGGACAUCCCCCCCAACACCUCCCAGAACUACUUCAUGAUCCAGACGGCCAGUGGCCUGCAGCUCAUUCCCCUGUCGGCCCCGGCGCCCCCCCUGCCCAUUCUGGGGAGGAGCACUCGCACCGCCAGGGGCCGACGGGGACACAAGACCAAAGCCGCAAUACAGGAAUCCAAACCGGCCGCCGGCAUCCACGCGGAGAUGGAACCUGUACACUCUAAUGCACCAGUUGUCAUGGCAACCAGCAGCACGGAUGCCACCACCCCCACCUCCACCACAGGACAUGCGUCGUUACCUGCGGUGUUCUCCAGCGCGCCUUCCUGCGGCUCCGACCAAACCGGUGUGUGUGGCCCUGGGCCGCUCCCCACCGCAGCUACCUCAGGAACCCCGUCGCCGGCUCCUCCACAGAAGCACCACGCCGCCACAUCCCACGGCCCCCCCUCCCCUGCUGCUCUGGGGGACACGCACUCCCUGAGGGGAGAGGGCGAGGCGGGGAAGCAGCUUGUGUUGUGUUUUGAUGACGAGCUGAGCCACGAGGUGAUGAAGAGCGACAACGGGAGCCAGGGUUCCUACGUGUUCCAGUUGGAAGGGGCGGGAGAGGGGGCGGGGGGCCGAGAGGGGAAGUCGUUUGUGCUGCAGUUCAAGACCAAGGAGCAGAGGGAGGGAGAGGCGGGGGACGAUAAGGGAGGGAUGGUCUCGCUGCUGCAGGAGUGGGACGGGGGGAAGCAGGAGUUGAGCCGGACAGGGGGGAGCGGUGAGGAGGAGGAGGAGGUUGGGCAGGGGGAGUCGUUUGUUCUUCACUUCAAGUCUGACACACAAGAAAAGGACCUAGCAUCGGACUCUAGCUACAGCCAAAGUGCGGGCGACCGGCUCGAACUGUCCUGCACACCUAGCCGCGGUCUGGAGCCUCUGGACGGGCAGGAAGUGGUGUUUGAACUGGGGGGCGAGAACAAGAUGCAGCAGGAAGCAGGGGAGGGCAUGCAAAUGAUCGCGCUGAUCGAGCGGGAGGGUGGCGCGGCAGGAGAGGGGUGCGGCGGUGGUUCGGAGAGCGGGAGGAUGGGGCAGAACGGGACUGCCAUGGAAGAGCCCCUGUAUGAAUUCAACGCAUAA